CACAAACACCCACCUCCCUUUUUUGGAUGGGGAUCCAAUUCUCCAUUCAUUGUUUCUAUCAAAAGGCCGUUGAGGGCCGAAGAGAACCCCACAAGCCCUGAUCCUGGUAUGGUCCCCCCUGAUCCUCCCUUAAAUGCCCUCUGGUUCUUGGGCAGAGAGACCCUAUAGCCCUCUCGUAUAUUCAAUUGCGAAACAAAGUUGACAGGUUUUAAGAGAGGGAAGGAAAUGGUGGAUCUUGGCGACUUUGGUCCAUAAAUAAGGAGGGAGCUCUUGCUCUUGGCUCCAUUGGCUAUGAUUGCUCUUUAGAUCUUGGGAUCUUUCUAGUCUUGGCUUGGAUUUAGAAGAUGAGGCCAGAGGUUGGAGUUAGGCCAGGGAAUGUGCCUGUGUACUAUGGGGGAGGACACCUGAAGGCAGUGGAGAGGAGAGUGAAGGUAGCUGAAGUGGUGCUUAGGUGGGUCAUCUUUGGGCUGGGAGUACUUGGUGCUGCUCUGGUGAGCUCUGACACCCAGGUCAGGGAGAUCUUCUCCUUGGAGAAGAAGGCCAAGUUUACGGACAUGAAGGCUUUGGUGUUUCUGGUGAUAGCUAAUGGGAUAGCUGCAGGUUAUAGUCUAAUCCAGGGGGUGAGGUGUGUGGUGAGCAUGAUUAAAGGGACUGUUCUCUUCAACAAGGCCUGGGCUUGGGUAAUCUUCUCAUGUGAUCAGGUGAUGGCAUAUGUGACGCUAGCUGCAGUGGGUGCAGCAGCACAAUCAGCGGUGCUUGGGGAGUUUGGACAGUCCGAGCUGCAAUGGAUGAAGAUAUGCAAUCUCUAUGGGAAGUUCUGUACCCAGGUUGGGGAGGGACUUGUGAGCUCAUUUGUGGUUAGCCUUAGCAUGGUCAGCCUCUCCGGUCUGUCUGCCUUCAACCUCUUUCGCUUGUAUGGAAACAACAAAGGGAAGUGCAGCGGCAGUUGGUAGGUAGUUUCACUGGCUGCCCAAAAUUUGGCAUCAAUAAUAGUAUCCUGCAAAUCCUUUACCUUGUGCUGGUAAAGUGGUUAGCCUUUAAGAGUGAAUGUGGGCUUUGUAAAAUAUGUGUGUAAUAAAUGAAAAGCAUGAUUCGAGAUGCUAUGUACUUUGGGGAGUAAAAAUGCAAUAAAGAACUCAUCCAGUUCGUUUGGACCUCCAA